AUAAAUAAAAUCUUUAAACAAAAAUGAAUAAAGUGGAAAUCAAACAAGCAGAUGAUUCAGAAACGAUCCCUAGGUCAUUGAGAGGUCAGCGGAACUUGGCUAGCGUAGUUUCAGUCCCUGCCCCCUCCCCAAAUCUCUCCCUUUAAGGGAAGCCUGCUGAGUGGCCAUGGGCUGAGCUGCCCGGCGCUGGCCAGGCUCUGGUGGUGUCCUGGAGGCCGGCCCGUGGGCAGCUGAGAAGGCCCGCCUCGGCCGUGGGCCCCGCCGGUGGCACCCAGCGCAGUAUGGACCCACAGCAGGCCCUCAGCAAAGGCUGCCCAGUGCAGGGGGGCCUAGCGACUUCCCUGUAAUUUUUUUUUAUUAUUAUUUAUUCAUUGGAGACACAGAGACACUGAGAGAGAGAGAGCAUGCGGAGGGGGAGAGGCAGAGGGAGAGGGAGAAGCAGGCUUCCUGCUGAGCAAGGAGCCUGACACGGGGCUCGAUCCCAGGACCCCGGGAUCAUGGCCUGAGCUGAAGGCAGAUGCUUAACCAUCUGAGCCACCCAGGCGCCCCCUUCCUUGUAAUUUUGUUUCUGGCAAAGGCCUCCUUACUUAAAAGAGACCUCUCUGCCGGCAAAUGAGGACAUUUGCUCUGUGCUGCAGGCCACCCUGCGUGAGUUAGCGCCGUAGGUGCCCGUCGUCCUGGGGCCUGCUCUCCUCUCAUCAAGCAGAACGUGGAGGUUGUAGAUCAGCAGAGCUGGGAAAAGGAUUCGGGGGCCGAGAGACUCUUCUGAUGACCACCAGCCUUUAACCCUGCUCCCGAAUGUGAAACGUACCCCACAGAAGCACAGUGCGUAGGUGUGUGUCUGGGUGUGUGUGAAAGCGUUCACAUCUAGGACCACCCAGGCCCCAUUAAAGCUUGCAAUCACAGUGCAGUGGAAGGAACCCCGGGCUAAUUAGCCCGGAAUCAGAAAACCAGGGGCCUGAUCCCAGCUACACAGCUGCUCUGUGCCCUCAGGCAGGUCCCACCUGCUUUCUGAGCCCGGGCCCCUCCUCCCUAGAAUGAGAGUGUGGGACAGACGAUCCCUGAGGUUGUAACGGGUAACAAGCCAUCACACUUUGAUUCCUUGCUUUCGGUGGGAGAUUGAGAGGUGUGUGCAGGGGUGAAGGGGGAAGUAGGGGGCAGGAAGGGGAAUGGGAUCCAGGUAACUGCCCGACCACGGUCAGUGAUGCAGCACUAAGAUAGGGCGCCUGAGCUGUCCAUCAAAAAACUCCUAGGAGUGGAGGGCGGUGCCUGGUUGUCUAGUAACCCCAGGGCUCUGAGCUCAGAGCUUGGCGAGGUAACCCAAGCCAGAGGGACCAUUCCAGAAAGCCAGCCGCAGAGAAGAUCGAGGGAGCACUAUGUCUUUCUCCAACCCUGAGGAUGCCCCCCAAGAGCCUGAGCCGGAGCCCUCAACCUCCAAGAAGAAAAAGAAGAGAAAGCAGCCACAACAAGAGGCCAGCAUCCAAGCCCUCACCAGGGCUGGCCACGGAGCCCUACUGGCUGGCCGGAACCACGAAGCUUUGACCAGCUUCCAGAGGGCCUUCAUCCUGGCCUCUGAGGCCCCACAAACUCGGGACACCCCUGUUCUCCGGGCCUGUGCCUUCAACCUGGGGGCCGCCUACGUGGAGACUGGGGACCCAGCCAGAGGCCUUGAGCUGCUCCUGCGAGCCCAACCUCAAGAGAAGGCACAGGGCGGGUGUCCUGGCGACCAGUGUUUCAACGUGGCUUUGGCCUACCAGGCCCUGGGCAAGCUGCCUCAAGCUUUGGCUUGGUACCACAGGGCCUUGGGUCACUACCGGCCACUCGGUGACCAGGGGCAAGCCCAGGCAAAAAUGGGAGCCUGCUACCAGGCUCUGGGACAGCCUGAGCUAGCAGCCCGCUGUCUGCAGGAGGCCAGCCGGGCCUAUGCCCAAGCAGGGCAGCCCCAGGCUGCAGCCCUGGCCGCAGGGGCUGUGGCAGGGUGCAUGCUGGAGAGCGGGCGGCACGGGGUGGUUGAGGUGGUGCAGGUGCUGGAGGAGAGCCAGAGGCUUGCCGAAAGGAGCCCCGAGCGGGGACUGCUGGGGCAGCUCUAUAACGACCUCGGCCUGAGCUACUCCCAGCUCCGACUGUUCCCGCUAGCAGCAGAGGCCUUCCUGCGGGCCCUGCCCCUGUGCCGGGGGCCAGGAGAGGAGGCCACAGUGCUGAGAAACCUCGGGGAGGCCCACAGUGCCCUCGGCAACUAUCAGGAAGCCCGGGACUUUCACCAGAAGGCCGCUGACCUGCACGGCUCUGUGGGGCAGCGGCGGGAGCAGGGCCGGAGCUUCGGCAGCCUAGCAUUUGCACUGAGCCAGCUGGGGGACCACAGAGCAGCCCGAGACAGCUACCUGCAUGCCCUGCAGGCUGCCCGGGACACCGGGGACACGAAGGGGCAGUGGCAGGCCUGCGAGGGGCUGGGGGCUGCGGCAGCCAGACUGGGGCAGCACGACCAGGCCUUGCGGUACUAUAAGGAAGCUCUGGCCCGGAGUCAGAAGGAGCCAGACUCUGUGCGGGAUCGGCUGGUGGCCAAGCUGGCAGACGCCAUGAGGACCCACUUGGCCCAGGCUGGGCUUGUCCCCACGUACACCCUGACUUCGGCGCUGGGGAGGCCCCAGGCUCCAGGUGCAGCCAGGCCCCCAGCCAGGGCGGGAAGGGGCAGAGCAGAAGUGCUGCACAGGUCUUCGGGUGGGUGGGAAGAAGAAGAGUGCGUGGAGGGCCAGGAGGAGAGAGAGGACCAGCCACCACCCGAUGUCCCCGUGGAGUCUUGGGCACAGAGACUGGAGUUCCUGAACAGACUGUUGGCUUUGGUGCAACCUCCGUGUCAACGACCAGGGCACGCAUCCCAGCACCCACCGUCCUUGCUCUUCUCCCAAGCUUUCUCUUUCCACCAUGUGAUUCUUGGUGCAGAGAGGCCUGUGAUAAAUGUGCCUGUCUCUCUCCAUCCAGGUCCAGGACCUGGGGCCCAUCUCCUGCUUGGAGGCCAAGGCCCCCUCCAAAUGGAGCAGCCUGGCAUUCUGGUACCCAGUGGCCCCCAAGCCAAUAGCCACCCCACGGGCAAGCCCCUCCCUGCCUCCCACAGGUCGUCCAGAUGGCCCAGGGAAACCCCCUGCAGAAACCCUCAGAGGAGACCCACGGAGUCUGGCUUCUGUGUGAUAACGUGACCCCACUCUGCUGGCCCUGAAUGUGGCCUCUGUGUGACCCCCCCCAACACACAAACAUUAGGGGUUUCUGGGAUCAAGCCUCUUCCCGGUUGUUCAGGGCCCUAUGGACACAGAAUGGAACACCACCGGCACGUGGGGUCCUGUGUCCGCUGAACAGGGCCUUUGCAGUCUGGGCGCUGAGGUGUUCAGUUUGCUCCUUGUUGGCAGUUUUGGACUCAACAGGCAAAAGAAAAAAGGGAAACCAGACAGUGAAUUUCCCCUUCUUCCUUCUGGAUCCAGACCUCAUGAUUGCUGAGGCCCUUUCCAGUUCUAAAAGCUGUGACAUCUUGGUCAGGAGGCUGCUGUCACGGACUGUCUCCAGACCUCCAUCUUCUCGAAGAGGAAA